AUGGUUUCCAUACUUGAAGAUGGUACCCAUGUUCAUGCUAGAGUGCUUGCAAAGAUAUCAGCAGCAUUUAGGGGUAGGAAGCACUAUCCUACUCAAAAUGUGCUUGCUGCAGUUGACUUUGAUAUGAGAUUCACCUAUGUGCUAGCUAGAUGGGAGGGAUCUGCACACGAUGCCCUUAUUCUGGCUGAUGCUAUAGAGAGGGAUGAUGGAUUGAGGGUUCCACCAGGUAAAUUCUACCUAGUGGAUGCUGGCUAUGCUUGUCGCCCUGGGUUUCUGCCACCAUACAGAGCCACUAGGUACCACUUGAAAGAAUUUGGUGGAAGGAACUAUCCUACCAACAAGAAAGAGUUGUUCAACUUGAGGCAUUCAAGCCUAAGGGUCACAGUUGAAAGGGCAUUUGGUGCUUUAAAGAAUCGUUUUCGUAUUCUUGACAACAAGCCUUUCCACCCAUACAAGACACAAGUCAAAUUAGUCCUUGCAUGCUGCAUAAUUCAUAACUGGAUUGUUGGGCAUGGGCAAGAUGAAGUAUUCCCUGAUGAAGCUACAUGGGUACCAAAUCCUAGUAAUGAACCUGUAGAUGAAGUAAUUGAUAAUGCAGCAUGGGGUCUUAGAAGGGAUGAAAUAGCUGAUGCCAUGUGGAACAAUAGGGGCCACUACCAUGUGUAG